AUGCUCUCCAAACUUUUGCUCGUCUCCAUACUCGUCUCCGCCGCUCUCGGAGCCUCGAUGGAGGACUUGCAAUCGGAAAAGUUUUGCGAAAAGUUUCCGACGCUUCACAUGUGCCGGCUCAAAGAGGAGCUCACCGGCAGCCUCGUCGAGUUGCAGUACUUGCUUCAAGACGGUUCGUUGAAAGGAGAAAGCAUAAAAAUGCCAAAAAGUUUAUAGGAAUUAAUGUGAGCGGUGGAGCAGGAGCAGGAGGAGUGGUUUCUGCUCCUGGAGGAGCCGGACAGGGCGCUCAGGAGGUUCAGAAGAGGAAGAGCGCUUUCGUUCGCUUCGGAAAGCGAUCAGCACCGGAAGCGGAGGAGGAGGAGGAGGAGGCAAUGGUCAGUUGGGAUUGGGGAAGUUUGAGUUUCCUAAACCACUUUUUUUUGCAGAAAAUGGAGAAGCGAAAAUCGGCGUUUGUGCGUUUCGGUCGUUCCAUCGGACUCGAGCCGCAAAUCACCGAGAAGCGAAAAAGCCAGUACAUUCGUUUCGGAAAAUAA